UCCCUGUAGGGAAAAAAAGAGCCAGAGGGGAAGCCAGCCUGCCUGCCUGCCUGCCUGCCUGUCUAUCUCGGUGCCUGUCUGCCAGCCAAGUGCUGCUCCCUGGUGCUCAGAGCCUGCUCCAUCUCUCCAACUCUCUCUCUCAUUCAUUUCGCCGGCUAACAUGCGAGAUCAUGGCCGCCUUCGGGCUCCUGAGCUAUGAGCAGAGACCCCUCAAGCGCUCCCGCUUGGGGCCCCCCGACGUCUACCCGCAGGACCCCAAGCAGAAGGAGGAUGAACUUACUGCUGUGAAUGUAAAACAAGGAUUCAGUAAUCAGCCAGCUUUCUCUGGGGAUGAACAUGGAUCUGCUAGAAAUAUUGUCAUUAACCCAUCAAAGAUUGGCGCUUAUUUUAGCAGCAUAUUAGCAGAGAAGUUAAAACUUAAUACUUUCCAGGACACAGGAAAGAAGAAACCACAAGUCAAUGCCAAAGACAAUUAUUGGCUGGUGACUGCUCGUUCUCAGAGUGCAAUUCACAGUUGGUUUGCAGAUUUAGCAGGAAAUAGAUCACUGACUAUCCUAGCAAAAAAGGUUCCAAUUCUCAGUAAAAAGGAAGAUGUUUUCGUUUAUUUAGCAAAAUACUCUGUGCCACUGCUGCGAGCAGCAUGGCUGAUCAAAAUGACCUGUGCCUACUAUGCUGCCAUUUCUGAAGCUAAAAUCAAGAAACGUCAGGCUGCUGAUCCAAAUCUUGAAUGGACUCAGAUUUCAACCAGAUACCUUCGAGAACAGCUGGCAAAGAUUGCAGACUUUUAUCACAUGACCUCAAGUCAAGGCAGCAACUCUGUAGCUGUGCCUCCUGAGGUGGAACAAGCCCUGAAGCAAUGGGAAUAUAAUGAAAAGUUGGCAUUUUAUAUGUUCCAGGAAGGAAUGCUGGAAAGACAUGAAUAUUUAACAUGGAUACUGGAUGUCUUGGAAAAAAUAAGGCCUGCUGAUGAUGAACUUCUGAAACUUCUCCUACCGCUAAUGUUGCAGUAUUCAGAAGAGUUUGUUCAGUCAGCCUACCUGUCACGUCGCCUUGCUUAUUUUUGUGCCAGACGGGUCUCUUUACUGAUAAGUGACAAUCCUAACCUCAUUGCUACCCACUCACCUCAUAUGAUUAUUGGACCAAAUAAUCCCCCUCUCGCAGCACCCAGCCCCACUACAGCUGGUUCCGUGGUAAAUUCUGCACAAGUAGCCUGUUCAGACUUCCUCUCUUGUCCCCAACACCGUCCACUUGUUUAUGGACUCAGUUGUAUGCUGCAGACGAUAACUCUCUGUUGCCCAAGUGCCUUGGUGUGGAAUUAUUCCACAAACGAAAAUAAAAACAUCAAUCCCGGUUCACCAUUGGAUUUACUACAAGUUGCUCCAUCUAGUUUGCCUAUGUCAGGAAGUUCAGCUUUCAAUCAGCAGGUUCGUGCAAAGAUUUAUGAGGUGGAACAGCAAAUAAAACAAAGGGGCCGUGCUGUGGAAGUGCGGUGGUCAUUUGACAAAUGCCAAGAAUCAACUGCAGGGGUUACUAUAAGCCGGGUUUUGCACACAUUGGAAGUGUUGGAUAGACAUUGCUUUGAUCGAUCAGAUUCUAGUAAUUCAAUGGAAAGUCUUUAUCAUAAGAUUUUCUGGCCAAACCAGAACAAGGAUAACCAGGAGGUUGCACCCAAUGAUGAAGCUGUAGUAACAUUGCUUUGUGAAUGGGCUGUGAGCAGUAAAAGAUCUGGGAAGCAUCGGGCAAUGGCUGUGGCCAAAUUGUUGGAGAAGAGACAAGCUGAAAUUGAGGCAGAACGAUGUAGUGAGAUAGAAGUCUUGGAUGAAAAGGAAUCCAUUUCUUCAGCAUCACUUGCUGGAUCCAGCCUUCCUAUUUUUCAAAACGUCCUCCUUAGGUUUUUAGAUACCCAAGCCCCAUCACUAUCUGAUCCAAACAGUGAAUAUGAGAAGAUGGAAUUUGUAAACCUGGUGCUGCUUUUCUGUGAAUUUGUACGGCAUGAUGUUUUCUCCCAUGAUGCUUACAUGUGCACCUUAAUAUCACGCGGAGACUUGUCUGCCACGACAGCUUCUAGGUCACGUUCACCAACUGAGGAAAAUAUGGAUGAACAGUAUGCUAGGGAGCAUGAUGUGAAACUCGAGGAGCAUAGUAUUAUGGAACAUAUGUACAUUGACGCAGGAACAGCUAAUAUUUUUGAUGACGUAGACAAGAAUGACUUUAAGGCACACUUUGGUUCGGAAUUUCCAAUUUUUUCUCCAAUGCCUGGGGAGCCUUGUGAGAAUUUGAAUUCCGUGUCCAUACUUGACAGAAGAAUUUCAAUUAACAGUGAAAAAUCUAUGAAGAGAGAGAUAGUGAGGGAUCUGAUCUUUCCAUCAAACUACAAUCUCCUUCGCCAUUUGCAAUAUGCAACACAUUUCCCUAUACCUCUGGAUGAAUCUUCAAAUCAUGAAUAUAAUCAGCGCAUGAUUCUUCUUUAUGGUGUUGGCAAAGAACGUGAAGAGGCAAGGCAUCAGUUAAAGAAGAUUACCAAAGAUAUCUUGAAAAUCUUAAAUAAGAAAAGCACUACUGAAAUGAGUGCUGGAGAUGAAUGUCAGAAAGUCAGAAAGAACAAGCAAGAAGCUUUUCCAACUUUAGAGACAGUGUUUACAAAACUGCAGCAGCUUUCAUACUUUGAUCAACAUCAGGUGACAUAUCAGAUUUCCAACAAUGUUCUGGAACAGAUUACUAGUUUUGCUUCAGGGACAUCAUACCACCUUCCAUUGGCUCAUCAUAUACAGCUUAUAUUUGAUCUCAUGGAGCCUGCUCUAAAUAUCAAUGGCCUUAUUGAUUUUGCUGUUCAGCUGCUGAAUGAGCUGAGUGUGGUGGAAGCUGAGCUUCUCCUGAAGUCAUCCAGCUUGGCAGGAAGUUACACAACAGGGCUGUGUGUUUGCAUUGUUGCUGUGCUGAGGCAUUACCAUGCCUGUCUCAUUUUGAAUCCAGACCAAACUGCUCAGGUUUUUGAAGGAUUAUGUGCUGUUGUCAAACAUGUUGUUAAUCCAUCUGAAUGCUCUUCUCCAGAAAGAUGUGUUUUAGCCUAUCUCUAUGAUCUCUAUGUAUCCUGUAGCUAUCUCAGAAGCAGAUUUGGAGAUCUCUUCAGUAGUGCCUGCUCAAAAGUGAAGCAAACAAUCUACAGCAAUGUGCAGCCUUCAAACUCUAAUUUGUUAUGGGAUCCAGAAUUUAUGUUGGACUUCAUUGAGAAUCCCUCCAUUCGCAGCCUCAACUAUUCAGUCUUGGGCAAGAUCUUGAGUGACAAUGCACCUAGUCGCUAUAGCUUUGUGUGUAAUGCAUUAAUGAAUGUGUGCAUGGGGCAUCAAGAUGCAGGAAGAAUCAAUGACAUUGCCAACUUGUGUGCAGAGUUAACCGCUUGCUGUACAGUGCUAAGCGCAGAAUGGUUAGGUGUCUUAAAAGCCCUUUGCUGCUCAUCAAACCAUGUCUGGGGAUUUAAUGACCUUCUCUGUAGUGUGGAUGUCAGCGAUCUGUCCUUCCAUGAUUCAUUGGCCACUUUUGUUGCAAUACUCAUAGCUCGCCAGUGCUUUUUCCUGGAGGAUGUCGUUCAACAUGUUGCACUUCCUUCUUUACUUACAGCAGCCUGUGGAGAUCCAGAUGCUGAGCCAGGGGCAAGGAUGACAUGCAGACUUCUGUUGCACCUUUUUCGAACUCCUGAAGUUUCUGUUUUACCAAAUGGGAAACCUUUUCUGGAAAUUCGGUCAUCUUGCGACCGCCGUCUUUUGACUGCUGCUCAUAACAGCAUAGAAGUGGGAGCAGUGUUUGCUGUUCUGAAAGCAAUACUGAUGCUUGGUGAUGCUGAAAUUGGAAGCAACAGUAUCCCAUCUCUGAAAAAAUCUGAUUACUCAGUACGAAGAUUACUAGGUGACCUUAAUGAUGAUGAGAUGUGGGAUGCUUCAUCACAUUCUUUGAAAUCAUGUGGAAAACCUGUCUCCAUAGAAACUGCUAGUCUCAGUGAAUAUGCUAGAUAUGUGCUAAGAAGUAUAUGUCAGCAGGAAUGGGUAGGAGAGCACUGCUUGAAAGAACCUGAGAGGCUGUGUACUGACAAGGAUCUCAUCCUGGACCCAGUUCUCUCAAACAAACAAGCACAAAAAUUGUUGCAGCUUAUUUGUUAUCCCCAUGGGGUAAAAGAAUGUGCCGAGGGUGACAAUCCUCAAAGACAACACAUCAAGCGCAUUCUUCAGAAUCUAGACCAGUGGACUCUCCGGCAGUCAUGGCUGGAACUCCAACUGAUGAUCAAACAAUGCAUGAAGGAGUCUGGUUCUGGGUCUGUGGCUGAAAUGAACAGCUUGUUGGAUAAUAUUGCAAAGGCGACAAUAGAGGUGUUUCAGCAAUCCGCUGAUCUAAACAAUAACUCUUCUAACUCUGGUAUAGGCCUCUUCAAUCCAAACUCUGUUGGAAAUGCUGACACACAUAUUACAAGGCAGAACAGUAAAAAGGCAUUCCUAAGUUCUUCGGAACGGCAAGGUGUUUGGCUUGUGGCUCCCUUGAUUGCCAAGCUGCCUACUUCUGUUCAAGGCAGAGUCUUAAAAGCUGCUGGAGAAGAGCUAGAGAAAGGCCAGCAUUUGGGAUCGUCUUCAAAGAAGGAAAGAGACAGGCAAAAACAAAAGAGCAUGUCUCUUUUGAGUCAGCAACCUUUCCUUUCUUUGGUACUUACUUGCCUUAAGGGACAGGAUGAGCAGCGAGAAGGGCUUCUAACAUCUCUACAAAAUCAAGUUAAUCAGAUAUUAAGCAACUGGAGGGAAGAACGAUACCAAGAUGAUAUUAAAGCAAGACAAAUGAUGCAUGAAGCAUUGCAACUCCGUCUUAAUUUGGUGGGAGGAAUGUUUGAUACAGUGCAAAGAAGUACCCAGUGGACCACAGACUGGGCACUGCUGCUCCUUCAGAUAAUAACAUCAGGAACAGUUGAUAUGCAAGCAAACAAUGAAUUAUUCACAACUGUGCUUGACAUGCUGAGUGUGUUGAUCAAUGGAACAUUAGCUUCUGACCUGUCAAAUGCAUCCCAAAUAGGAUCUGAAGAGAACAAACGAGCAUACAUGAAUUUGGUGAAAAAGUUGAAAAAGGAACUAGGAGAUAAGUGUUCAGAAAGUAUUGACAAAGUUCAUCAACUUCUACCCUUGCCAAAACAAAUGUAUGACAUUAUUGCUUGUGAGCCCAUGGGAUCACUAAUUGACACAAAGGGGAACAAAAUUGCUGGAUUUGACUCCAUAGAUAAGAAACAGGGCCUUCAAGUCUCAGCUAAGCAGAAAGUAUCUCCGUGGGAUUUAUUUGAGGGCAACAGGAACCCUGUUCCACUCUCCUGGGCUUGGUUUGGAACCGUCCGUAUUGAUAGAAAAGUAAUAAAAUAUGAAGAACAGCAGCAUCUUCUCCUUUAUCACAUGCAUCCAAAACCCAAGCCACGAAAUUACUACCUCGAACCUUUACCUCUUCCUCCUGAAGAAGAGGAGGAGGAAGAAGAGCCCAUCACCCCUGGAUCUCAGGAACCAGAAAGAAAGUCAACAGAGCUGUUGGAUCAAGGAAAACCUUCAACAGAAGAAGAAAAGAAGGGAAAGGGGAGGAAAAGAAAGAUAAAACCAACACCCAGAACAGAUGACAACGUAUACAGAGUGCCUCCCAAUUAUUCACCAGUUUCUUCUCAAAUGAUGCACCAUCACCAGUCUGCUUUGUGGGGCUACAAUGUUAUGGGACAGCCCCCACAGACUGGUUUCUUUGUCCAGAAUCAGCCUGUUCCACCAGUUGGCUCCAGAUUGGAUCCUACAGGGUCAUUUGUCCCAAGCAACACAAAACAAGUGCUGUCUAACAUGUUACAGAGGCGUUCUAACACCAUGAUGCAACCACCAUCUAUCCAUGCCAUUACUUCUCAGCAGCAACAGCAACAGCAGCAGCUGCUGCAGAUGAAAUUGAUGCAGCAGCAACAUCAACAGCAGCAGCAGCGACUUUUGAGACAGCAAACCCAGGGUCCAACAAUUGAUCAAGCUGCUAUUUAUUCCCAGCAAGCCCGGCCAUCUCAACUUCCACAAUAUCCAGGGAUGCAACAGGCACAGGCCAUUCCUCACGGUUAUACGAUGUAUAGUACUCAAAUGUCCUUGCAAUCCCAACAGUCUGGAGGUUUAGUCCUUUCACCUGCUUACAGCCCCAGGGCAUAUCAAGUGGCUCAUUCAAACCCAGCUCUAAUGGAAAGGCUAAGGCAGAUUCAACAACAGCCAAGUGGGUACAUUCAUCAGCAAGCAGCUGCCUAUCUUCAACCUUUAACAGGCAAUCAGCGCUUAAGUCACCAGGCUUUGCAGCAAAAUCCUUUGGUUGGAAGGGCACUAGAUGUUAUGCCACCCACAGUUUCCCACCCAAACCUUAACUCCAUACAAAUGCCUCAGGAACAAAUGAGACACCGACAGCAGCAAAUUCAGCAGCAGAGACUCCUUCAGGAAGACCACCCAGGUUUGGGUGAGUUGCAGCAGCAGCAACACCAAAAUCAGCAGCAAGCCCUUAGUCUCCAAGCAAUGCAGCCUCAGCAACCAUUGUUUUCAAGGCAAGGCUUGCAACAGACACAACAGCAACAGCAAACAGCUGCUCUUGUCAGACAACUCCAAAAACAGCUGUCAAGUAACCAGCCACAACAAGGAGUGAACCCAUAUGGUCACCCUUCACACUUCUGAACCUUGAAGAAUGAAGGAAGGCAAAGCGUUUGCACUGAAAAGAAGGAGAACAGACCUUAAUGCACUAAUAACGUUUGUUCCAGUUUUGUUUUGCUGCAACUAAUGUGAAUAUGUAAAAGAUAGGAUUUUUUUGUUUUUUAUUUAACUAAUUAAUAUUUGAAUUAUGUAGGCCUACACUGAGAACAAUGUUGCUGCAAAAUAUAUAUGGAUUUGGUGCUUUGGGGUAUUAACACUUUUUCCUCAAGAAGAUUACAAAUCCUGAAUUUUUUGUGUGUGGAAAACAAGGUUUUUUUUUAUCCUUCUUAAGAACUCAUGGGACCAAAAUGACUAACGAAACCCCCACUCUUUUUUGCAUAAGGAUAACCCCCAUAUAUUUUAUGAUUUUUAGUAAACAUGUCUUGAUUUCUAUCAUGCUUAUUUUUAUCAUGUUUGUAGUUUUCACUCUUUAUAAAAUCAUGUUUUCAGAGUUCCUGAUCGCCCCUUGCUUUCACAGAGAUAAUCAAUUUUAAAGAAAGAUCCCUAUUUCUAGUCGUACGGUUUCUAUGAAAAUUCCAUCAUUUAAUAAUGGAUCUGCUAGAGUUGUCUUUCAUUCGAAAUCUCAAUAGAAAGGUCAACUGUAGAAAUUCUGGUUGCAAUCAAAGCCAUAAUAAUGGCUGAGCAAUUUGCUUAGAAUGUGGCAAUGGACACUUUUGGAGAAGUCACAGUAAAACUGAUUUUAGACUGUAGUCCUGUGUAAUGUUGGUUGGUAUCCAUGGAUAAAUACUACAGAAGUCUGUGGAACUUGAAAAUUGUCAAUUGUGCACAGAGUUGUAGCCUGUAGUUAUAGCUAAAGACUAGAAUAAUAAACCCUAUAGUUUGUCAUGAUGUCUACCAUAAUCUUAUUGGAAAUAUUUACUAGAGCUUCCAGAGCAUGCAAUAGAAGAUAAGGUGACCAUUUUCUACUGUUUAUUAUGUAGUUAUCUGAAAACAGUUUCAGGAAAGCAGUUCCCCUCCCCACAAAUAGAAAUGUUUCCCAGUAAUGUGAAGAAAUAUUUUUUUUCUGUAAUAUUUUAUAUUUGCUGUUUUCCAGCUAUGGUAUGAUGGACUUGCCAGUGUAUGUGCUGGAGGAGAUUUAUUGUAUAAUGUGAGCUUCUACCUUUGUUUAUUUCUUUGUUAAGAAUGGGAUUUAACUAUCUUAUAAUAGGAGUGGACAGUGUUUGGCCUUCUAGAUGUUCUGGACAUUCAUCAACCUGACACAGCAGUGACCAGUGGUUGGGAAUUGUGGGAGUUGUAGUCUGUAGAGGGUCAAAGAGCUGAUGAGGUAGCAGACUUGUAUGUGGAUUGUGCCACACUGGUGAAUGCUCACAUUAUACAAAAGUUCCUACUCACAGACAAGGAAUGUGUCAAGUAGGAAACAUAGGUAGAACUUUAGUUUUGUAUGGAGGAACAUAAAGUCUAGCCUCUGCAUCUGCAAUCUUAAGUGAUACAGUCUAGGCUCAGGUUUACCACUUCAUCUGUUUGUGAGAAUCAGGCCUUUGUUUUCUAGCCAUAGAAAUAUUUAUUUAUAAUUUUGUACUAGGUACUCAUGCAUUUAAUUUUUUUGUUAUUUUUGUUCAUGUAAAUACAGCUGUAUUUAUAAAUUUGCUGCAAAAGCACAAGUAAACUAUUCAUCAAUUUUAUUACAAUAAAAUAUUAACUAUUUUAACCUUGUACAAGACAUAUUUGUUCAUAUUUCAAUAAAAACUAAUUAGACAAAACUUUCA